UCGCGUUAAUAUGAUGUCAUACGCUGACGCAAAAAGUCUGAGCGCUAUAGCCGAACAGCUGCUAACCGCUUCGUGACAUUGUACUGUCUGUGUACCAUUGAAGUUCAUCGUGUGCAGAAGAAUCAGCGGGUGUGAGCAGGAGGUCAUGGUAGCGAGAGAUGCGGCUGUAGAUUGUGGAGGUGAGGAGAUCAUUCAGAAGGAAGAAGGACUGAGAGAAAAGGAAGGUGAGGAGAGAUUGACAGGGAGACCAGGGGUCAGGGACAGGUAAGAGGGCAUGAUGGCUGACCCGAAUAAUAAUACACACAAUUCCCACGGUAAAUGACCUCCUCCAAAAGACAAGAUGCUCACCAUACUGGCAAAAACGGGAUGAAAUAACCUUAAAACACAGAGCUUCCAGAACAGGUGAGAGUCUCCAACUGCAGCUGUGAAAAUUACACAAUGACACAUUAGCAUCCGUGUCUGGAGACUUUUGAGAUUUUACACACCUAAAAUCCGUCCUUUACAUUAUAAUCUCACUUUUAUGUGCCAGGAACAAAACCUGCUUUUAAAGUGACAGUUCACCCAAAAACGAAAAUUCUGUCAUCAUUUACUCACCCUCUUUUCAUUUCAAACGUGUAGAAUAUGUGGCGAGCCGCCCAGUGCACAAUUAGCGUCGCCAUGGAGACGGAGGCAAUCACGACAGCGCAGCUGCCGGUCGUUUACACCUGCACACAAUGUCGGCCAGCAUAAAAGGCUGAAGCUGAGGAGAAGACAGUGAGCUACGACUCCAAGUCAUGACUAGCAUAACGCUUUCUCCUGUGUUCAUCCAGGUUCAGACGAGUAAUGACCUGCAGCUGCACUUCACGCCGAAACACUCCACAACCCAAGCACACACGGGAACCUUGGUUGCACCGAGCACCACCCCAAAGGACUUCACCCGUGAACCGGACACAUUCCCCACAUCUGGCUUUUCUGGCCACGGUCCUCUUCUGUGUUUUAAUUAAAAACACCCUCCGGGGCUGGUAAACUGUGACGUGUAACGCCGCGCUCUCUCUCUCGUCGGAACACGAGCGCCAUGGAGGAAAUCAUCCGCCGGCUCACCGACCUCACCACACGACAACAGCAGCUUUCCGAGCAGCUGGCACGGAGGCAGGAACAAACAGAGCAGUCCGUGGAGUUAAUGCGCGAGGCGACGGCAGCACGGAUCCCACUACCGGAUGCUCGAGCAGCGGCGCACCACCUCCUAAUGAAGCUUACCGAACAGGAUGACAUCGAGGCAUACCUUCACACAUUUGAGGUGGUCGCCACCCGGGAAUCGUGGGACAAGGCGGAAUGGGCAAGAAUCCUGGUGCUGUUCCUGACUGGAGAAGCACAGCAGGCGUAUUACGCACUCCUUGUCCCUUCCAACGAGGAUUACGACGCCCUGAAGCAAGAAAUCCUUGCCAGGGUGGGAUUGCCUCCCGUCAGUGCCGCCCAGCAGUUCUUCCAGUGGAUCUAUGAGGAACACGCCCCAGUGCGGACCCAGGCCGCCCGGCUAUCGCAGCUCACACACCUCUGGUUGUCACGGUGGACUGCCUCCUGCGAGCCCUGACUCGGCGGUACCGGACGUCGGUCAGCAUGCGUGGUCCCGCCUCCCUCCGAGAGAUGAUAGAAGCGGUAGAGAUGGCGGAAGCCUCCGCAGCCCGAGAUGCUGGAGAGAGAGCGGCGUUGCUGCCCCUGGGGGCGAACCCAGGAUGGCGACCGUCGGAGGGCACCUCCUGGCCAGUAAACAGACCGGCAGCCCCCACCCCCUUGGAUGAGCCGAUGCCCACCGAACCGGCAACCCCAGGACCCCACGCCUGGCUGGCAGGCUGGCCUGUCACCGCCACCCUGGACUCUGGCACCUCCGUGACACUGGUACAGCCUGGUAUAGUUCAGCCCCACGACGGAGGGAAGUCCGCUAACCCGAUCACCUGCGUCCAUGGCGACACCGGACAGGUGCCCGCCCGGAGCGUCACCGUUGCCGCCAAGCCGGGUUCCUGGUCCUUGGACAUCGGGAUCGUGGAUGACCUUCCCGUCCCUGUCCUGCUGAGGUGGGACUGGCCAGGUUUCGACCAGUUGCUCGCUGCCUCCAUGCAGCCGGCCGACCAUGGGGGUCGCCAGCGGAGACGCCAACCGCUAGGACCACGGGGUCGUUGGCCAGUCCUGAUGGAGUGCAAAUGGAGAGUGAACGGGAGGGUGAGUGCCCCGACCCUAACCUUUUCUCUGACCUCUUCCAGCAGAUAACCGGGGGAGGAUCUUUCGGGAGAGAACGGCGGGAGGACAAACGACUGAGGAACUGUUGGUCCCAGGUCUCAACCAAACAGAGGAAAUCAAACUUACGAUCAUCCACAAUGUCACUGAUGAAGAGACCCUUGUUGGUGAGAGAACGUAUGUUGAAAAGUCCAACUUUCAGCACAUUUCCAUCCAGUGAGGAGCUAGCCGAUCUGGCUAAGCUGGCUAACACGCUCUGGUCAACAGUCCGCUGAGUGUUCCUUGCGGCUCGGGGACCUGAAGUCCAGAAUGACCGUAUAUCCUUCGAAUCGUCAUACCUGAAGCCCCGUCGAGACCCACGAUGGAUAUAUUUCGGGCGGGGCCGAUGAAUGAUGUCUUGAUGGAGACAUAGCGACGGCGGAUGCUCGGCAGAGUAACACCGCAGCCGAUAGAGCUCAGUCGCUGUGUAUAGAAACAGAGGGGUCACCACGUGAAACAGUGACGAUAGAACAAUCCAAACAAUGAUGAGGAGAUGGUAAGCCCACAUUGUGUCAGUCAAAACCUAGUUUGACAAAAAAAAAAAAAUGAAAACACCGGAGAGCAGCGGCAGCCAGUAGCGCCAGCGUUCACUCAACCGGAUACCAACCGGCUAUCAACCGGCUAUCAAAAAUGGUCUGUUAUACUGUGCCGCCCUGAGGCGGGGGGAGGAGAAGCUGCUGCUGGUGGUUCCAAAAACCAAGACAGCCACCAUCCUGGAGCUGGCACAUGCUCAUCCCAUGGCUGGACACCUUGGGGCCGCCAAUACGGCCCAAGGGAUCCAAGAUCGUUUCCACUGGCCCGGCCUGGAGGCCGAGGUGAAGAGAUUCUGCCAGAGGUGCCCAACCUGCCAGAAAACUUCACCUAAGUGACCUCCCCCCAGCCCUCUCAUUCCAUUGCCCAUCAUUCGGUGUCCAAGAGGUGCCCCAGGCGUCCACCGGCUUCACUCCGUUUGAACUCCUUUUCGGCCGACAGCCGAGAGGGCUACUGGAUGUGGCAAAGGAAGCAUGGAAACAACAGCCAGCUCCCCACCGCAGCCUCAUUGAGCAUGUACGGCAGAUGAAGACCCGCAUCGAUAGGGUGAGGCCCCUAGUUCGAGACCCCAGCGAGGCCCAGCGCGCCCAGCGGAGGCUGUAUGACCGGCCCGCCCAACCUCGCGAGUUCCAGCCAGGCGACCGGGUGCUAGUGCUAACCCCCAAGGCCACCUCCAAGUUCUUGGCGUCCAGAAAUGGUCCAUACACCAUCCUGGAGAAAGUGGGGCCGGUCAACUACCGCGUCCGCCAGCCGGGACGUCGCCGGGAAGAGAAGAUCUACCAUCUCAACUUGCUCAAGAAGUGGGUGGCACCACCAGCACAAAUGGCCGCCUUCUCCGCAACGAAAGCCACCGAUGGUCCAGAUGGGUGAACACCUCUCUCCCGUGCAGAAGAACGAUCUCCGGGCCCUGGUCAGUUAGUUCCACGACGUCUUUUGUGAGAGACCCGGGCAGACACAAAUCCUCCAGCAUGAGGUUUGGACACCCCCUGGCCUCGUCGUCAGGCAGCGGCCCUACCGGGUCCCAGAGGCUUGCCGACUGGCUAUAGAGGAGGAGAUUACCCGGAUGAAAGAACUCUGAGUGAUAGAACCCUCCCGCAGCCCCUGGUCAAGCCCCAUUGUCAUGGUCCCUAAACACGAUGGCACUCUCCGCUUCUGAAACGACUUCCGUCGGUUGAAUGAAGUUUCCAGCUUCGACGGGUAUCCCAUGCCCCGAGUGGACGAGCUCUUAGACCGGUUGGGCAAGGCCCGCCUCAUCUCCACCUUGGACCUCACAAAGGGAUACUGGGAGGUCCCCCUGAACCCCAACUCACAGGAGAAGACUGCCUUCAAUACCCACUCCGGACACUGGCAGUACAAAGUCCUCCCGUUUGGGCUACAUGGUGCCUCCGCUACUUUUCAACGAAUGAUGGACAUCCUCCUACGUCCCCAUCAAGCACAUGCCGCCGCCUAUAUUGAUGAUUUGGUCGUCCACUCACCAUCUGGACAGAUUGCGGAGAGUCCUGGGGGACAUACGCAAGGCCGGACUAACUGCCAACCCAAAAAAAUGCCACUUGGGACUCGACGAAGCACAGUACCUGGGGUUCCACGUCGGAAGAGGACUGAUCCAGCCCCAGGACAAAAAGGUCAACGCCGUUAGGGACGCAACCCGGCCCCGCACCAAAACCCAUGUACGUGCUUUCUUGGGGCUAGCGGGGUACUAUAGGUGCUUUAUCCCUAACUUUUCUCUUCUGUAGCCAGUCCCCUGACCGACCUGACCAGAAAGGGGCAGCCCGAAACCGUACACUGGACCCCCGAUGUGGAGACGGCCUUCCAGAUGUUAAAACGAGCGCUAGCCUCGUCCCCCCUACUCCACGCACCCGACUUCGGCUGCCCCUUCAUCCUCCAGACGGACGCCUCGGAUACCGGCUUAGGCGCUGUGCUGUCUCAAACCAAGGGGGGGUGAGGAACAUCCCAUCGUCUACAUAAGCUGGAAACUCACCCCAGCCGAAAGCCGGUAUCUCACCGUGGAAAGGGAGGCCCUGGCCAUAAAGUGGGCAGUCCUGGAGCUCUGUUACUACCUGCUGGGGAGAAGAUUCACGCUGGUGACCGACCACGCUCCCCUCCAAUGGAUGGCCAAAAGCCAAGGACACCAACGCUCGAAUAACCUGCUGGUUCCUAGCGCUCCAGGACUUCCACUUCACCGUGACACAUCGGGCCAGGGCCUCCCACGGCAACGCAGAUGGGCUGUCGAGGAUGUGGUCAGGUUGGACAUCCCGGUCAGGUAACUCCCUCCCCUCUCCCCAACAACUCCCUCCGUCUCGUUGCAGGAUGUCUCACUGUACCAGGGCGACACUUUGGGGGGGAGUGUGGCGAGCCGCCCAGUGCGCAAUUAGCGUCGCCAUGGAGACGGAGGCAAUCACGACAGCGCAGCUGCCGGUCGUUUACACCUGCACCCAAUCUCGGCCAGCAUAAAAGGCUGAAGCCGAGGAGAAGACAGUUAGCUACGACUCCAAGUCAUGACUAGACUAACACUUUCUCCUGUGUUCAUCCAGGUUCGGACGAGUAACGACCGGUCGCUGCACUUCACGCCGAAACACUCCACAACCCAAGCACACACGGGAACCUUGGUUGCACUGUGCACCGCCCCAAAGGACUUCACCCGGAAUUGGACACAUUCCCCACUUCUGGCUUUUCUGGCCACGGUCCUCUUCUGUGUUUUAAAUGAAAACACCCUCCGGGGCUGGUAAACUGUGACUUGUGGCUUCCAGGUUAGCAAAAGGUGUGAGCCGCGGCCCCUUCAUGGGGCAGACCAACAUUAAAACAGGCCUUAACAAACACCAGGCGAAGAAACCCCAAAGCUUUAAAUACAGAGGAUAAUCUGAAUGCAUCAGUGCUCAUCUGGAAGAUUAAUAAUAUGUUACCUAAAUUAAGUUUUGGAUGAAACCGGGGUGUCAUAACCUUGUUUCGUCACAGCAAGGCAUGACUCAGUUAUGUCUACACUCUUUCUUCUGAACUAGACUCCAGACUACUUCAGAACUGUGCAGGUUGUGUGUGGAAGUCCAAACCUUGCCAUGUGAAUAAUUGUCACAUGACCGGUGAAGUAACCUGCGUUGUUUUAAAAACUGCGCUUUGCAUAUUCACCCAGCAAGGACUUUUUUAAAGUGCCGGGGGGUCUGAAAAGGUGAAACGCGCAUGGGAGGGAUCUUGACGUCUAUCAUUUUGGCGCAGUGAGGGAUCCAGACGCGCAGAGCGCACUGCGCCUCUUCACAAGUGACAGCGCCAACACAACAUCAAGAGCGCGGUGGGCCGACAGCACCACUACAAUGAAUCACUGCCUUUUAACAGUUUUCUAAAGAUUUGUAUGAUGGUAUAAAACAUAUGAUGGAACUCCAUAAUCUCCUGGACUGUACGUGGAUAAAUUGUUCUCCAAGUGGGAUUUAUCUGUGUGUAUUUGUUUACGGAGACGCGCAUCUGAGGGGCUUUUAGAGAUCUGUCGCUUCUGCGCUCUUUAUUAGCGUAUGGAUUUGACUCAGCUCAUUUAAUCAGAUCACAGCGAGCUGGAUUAUCGUUCGGGAAAAUCCUGGAUACAUUUCAUUUUCUUCCCACAAUGUAUGGAAUAAAUCAGCGCUGCUUGUACAUCUCCUUUCAUUUCUUCGUGGUGUGGUGCCAUGCACAGGGGGAGAAGAAUCACCCUUCUCCUAAUUUUAAGCAGUAUGUGAGGGAACAGGGCUCACUGACGGACCAGCUGAGCCGGCGGCAGGUCCGAGUCUACCAGCUGUACAGCCGAACGAGCGGCCGACACGUGCAGAUCCAGGGCAAGAGAGUGAGCGCCACGGCAGAGGACGGCAACACUUUCGCAAGACUUUAUGUGGAGACAGACACGUUUGGAAGUCGUGUCCGGAUCAAAGGAGCAGAGAGUGGCAGAUACCUGUGUAUGAACCGCAGGGGGAAACUGGUGGGCAAGCCCAAUGGCAGAGGAAGGGACUGCAUCUUCACAGAGAUCGUGCUGGAGAACAACUACACUGCUUUCCAGAACGCUAAAUAUGAAGGCUGGUACGUGGCCUUCAGCAGGAAGGGUCGGCCCAUUAAGGCUUCCAAAACCCGGGAGAACCAGCGAGAAGUUCACUUCAUCAAGCGCCUCCACAAAGGUCCACUUCCUUUCCCGAACUCAGACCAGCCCAAACACUUUGAGUUCAUUAGCUUUCCACCAACUCGACGGGCUAAGCGCAACAGAAAAUCCCACGCUGCUUCCUAACGCCGAAGCGCACAAACUCAUGAGACUUUCUUUUAAUAAUAAAAAGAUGCAGCUUUAUUUUUAUAUAUUUUCGUACUUAACGGACUUGAAAAAGCCAACGACACUGAAUGGAUGCGCAGUUUAAAGGGGUGACGUGUAAAUAUGGUAAGAUAGUAAAAGAGAAUGUAUAUAUUUAAUUAAAAUGCUAUUUGUAUGUGUGCUGCGUGAGCAUUCUGUAAAGACUCAAUGACAUAAUGCUCAAUAUUAAACACAAUAAAAGCAAUUUGCCUUUAAGAGGGAUAUAAACGGGAAAUAGAAAUAAACAUCACAUUCAACCAAAGAUGUUUGACUUUUCCCCAUGUGUCUUGAAUGGAUUGGAAAAUAAAUGCACAAAGUAUGCAGAUUUUUUAUUUAGCUAAAUGUGAAGAAAACCUACAAGACGUUUUCUCAAUUCCAAACUUAAAAUUAAAUUGUGCCCUUGCUAACAAAUGUACAACUUUUUAUGUUUGUUAUUAGCACGUUUAUAAAUCAACGCGAAAUGUAUAUAAUGUAUGACACAAUGUUUAGGGACAAGGGGGAAGUAAAAUAUGCAUAUCUGGGCAAUUCCAUGCGAAUGUCAACCUUACCAUGGAAAAUGAUGUCAACAUUUGGUGGUUGACCCAUGUAAGGUCUCUCUUAGAGUUUUUUUUAAUCAUGAUUUUAGGUAAGUGCUGCUUUAAGGAUCUUUUUUAUGUUCUAUGAAGAGCCAUCCCUUCUCCAUGUGUUGGGUAUUAUUGCUUCUGGUUUGUGCAUUUUAUUUCACAGAAAUCAAGGUUAGUCGCCUCUUAAACACACCACAUGUUUAUUUCCCUUUUUUAGGUAACAGAUGGUUCAAUAUAUUGAUAACAAAUACAUUCUCUGAGAGUUUAUAUAUCCAUCAAGUACAAACGGCUCUCUGCUGCCAACUGCUGGUAGACACUACCACUGCAGGCACAUGUGUGCUGUUGAUCGUCUGUUAUGUCUAGAACAUAUGAUUUUUCCUCUGUCUUUUUCUUUUAAAUUAUAUAAAUUUAUCCUGGAUGAUGCCCUGCAUUAGGUCAUUUUGAACUUUUAACACUAAGCAUCACAUUUGUGUUCUGCAUGACUAACAUAUUAUGCUAAACGAUUGCAGUGGUAAUUUAUUUUAUUCAACGAAUGCAUACCAAUACGCAAGACGCAAUUUAUAUACUAUGCAAACACUAUUUGGGUUCAAUGUCUUCUUUCUUGGCAUAUAAAUGAUCACAGAUUAAAAGUCGUAUUUAUACGUUUAAUUGAAUAGGCUCUUCAUUUUCAUCAUAAGUUUUGAUAUGUGCAGGAUAAUCACCCCGCAGCUGCUGAG